AUGGAUAUAUUAAAUAUAGAUGAUUAUUUAAAAAAUUAAAAGGAAAAUGAUAAUUUAUAAGACUUUAGUUAAUUUCAUCGUUAAUAGAUAUAAUAAUCAACCAAUUUAAUUCCCAAAGCAACUAAAGAAAACAAUCUUUAAGCCAACUAAUAAUAAGUAGGUCCAUAGCGUCCUUAAAUAGGUGCUGAAUAUAGCGAUUCAUCUUCUGAUAGUGAAGAUGAAGCUGAUAUAUUGAAAAAUGAUCCAAUAUAUAUGCAAUCUAUAAACCAAUAAAAAAAUAAAACUAAUCAAUAAGAAAAUAUAUAAUAAUUAGAAAAUUCUGAUGAAGAAUAAGAAGACUAAAUUUAAUUAGAAUAAAAUAAAAGCUACUAAAUAUUUCCUGUAUCCCACCAAGUAAUAUUAAAAGGACAUACUAAAAAAGUAAUAUGUUUAUCCAUAGACUAAUCCGGAUCUAGACUAGCUUCAGGUUCAAAUGAUUAUUUUGUAAGAUUAUGGGAUUUUAAUGGUAUGAAUUAAAAUAUGAAUUCUUUUAGUAUGUCGGAGCCUUUGGAAGGACAUCCAAUUAAAGCUUUAAGUUUUAAUUCGAAUUCCUAAAAUUUAUUAGUAGUAGGGGGCGGCUCGUAGAUUUGUUUAAUGAAUAGAAACGGGAAAAGAGGUAAUGAAUCAAUUAAAGGAGAUAUGUAUUUAACUGAUAUGGCUAAAACUAAAGGACAUAUAUCAAGUGUUAAUACUGGAAUGUUUCAUCCUUAUGAUUAUAAUAUUUUUGCUACAGGGUCUAGUGAUGCAACUGUAAGAAUCUGGGAUUCUGAAAAGAAACUUUUCGGUAUAGAAUAAUAGAUGACGCAUGUUAAUUUAAUUAAAUGUGUAGAUUCAAAAGGAAUAAAAAGUGAAGUGAAUAAACUCUAAUAUAGUAAAGAUGGAAAAAUUGUUAUGAUAGGAACUUUGGAUGGAUCACUGUAAGGAUUUUCUACAUAAUAAUUUCAUAGACCAGCUUUUUGUAUGAGAGGAGCACAUGCAUCUAAAAGUGAAUUUGGUGGUAUAUAGUUUUUUAAUGAUAAUUUAAGAUUCGUAUCUAGAAAUGUAGAUGGUACAUUAAAACUUUGGGAUUUAAGGAAAUUUUCAAAACCGGUUACUUAUGUAGAUAAUAUUGUUAGUUAUAGCCCUAGUCCUGGAGUAUGUAUAUAGAAUGAAGAUAAAUAUAUAGUUACUGCUAGCUCUGUGUCUAAAAAUAUAAAGGAAAGAACUGCUUUUUUAAAAUUUUAUAAUUCUUUGGAUUUAGAUGAAAUUUCCACAAUAGAAGUCGGAGAAGAUACUAUUACAGAAAUUUUAUGGCAUCCAAAUUUAAAUUAGAUUAUGUUCGGAUUCGGUCAUUAGGUUAUGAUUUAUUUUGAUCCCGAAAAAAGUAAGAAAGGGGCAGUUUAGUGUAUUUAAAAAAAACCCAGAAAAAUAACUACUGAAGAACUUUAGAAUAAUAGGCCCAUUAUUAGUCCAAAUGCACUUCCUUAAUUUAAAUCUUCAAAUACUUAUAGCUUGAAUUAGGAGAGGAUUGUAAAAAAAAUUAGGUAGGACCCAGUGGCUUCUCAUAAACCAGAAUAACCGAUAUAGGGACCUGGAAAAGCAGGAAGAAUAGGAAAAUAAUCUACUGUUACCUAGUUUAUGAUGAAUAGUCUUAAUUCGGCACCUGAUAAUAGGGAGGAUACAUAAGCUGCGUUAUUGUAAAUGUAAGAAAAAGCUGAAAAAAAUCCGUUUUUUAUUGUUAAUGCUUAUUAAAAAACUCAACCGAAAGCAGUUUUAGAUAUAGAAGAUAAAGUUUAAGAACUUGAUGAGUAAAAAUUUUUGUAAAAAAUUAAGUAAAUUUGUCCAUAUUGUGGACUUAAGUUAUGCACUUGUAAAGAUAGAUUUAGAUUAACUUUAUAGGAAGCUAAAAGUAAAAAAUAAUGUUGAAUA